AACGAUCUCUUCAAUGCCUAAUUUCUGUCUCCAUUUCUAGUAUCAACAACCAUGAAUUCGUGAGCUACUCAAAUCAAAUGCUCAUCACUAAACCUCUCCUAUGGCUCAUCACUGCCGUCUCCGUCGUUGCGGCGAUUGGGAGCAAUACUUGCAGUAGUGAUCUCAAACCCCAGCCAAUCGGCAUCGAUUUUGGGUCUAACGUGGUAGUCGCAACCUACGCCUACACCUCCAAAAACAUAACCACCAUCUCCUGGCUCUCCCCACCCACCUACCACCACACCAUCUUCCGCCUCAGACUAGAAGACUACCAAGCCAAACAAACAGCCAAAAUCCUCUGGGGCAUCAACAAAAGCGAGAGCCAAACCCUCAAAACCCUCAAAACUGCUUCCCAAGCCUACCUCUCACCGAUCCUCACCCCACUCAGCAGCAAAUUCACAGCCCUGAAAAAAUCCCACCCCGUUCUCGAGGACACGAUAUCAUGGCUAUCCGGAAAAUUUUCAUUUCUCUUCACAUUCGUGAGAUCAAGAUUCAGCAAAUCCUGGUUCAACGAAGAUCUCACCUUGCAAGACGUCAAGAAUGAGUUCAUCUCAAUCUUGAACGAAACCAAACUUUCCGUCGCUGCAUCACACCCCGACCCCUCAAACCUCAACACCAACACCACUAUCACCUUCGCCAUCUUCUCCGUCCCCGAUUUCUUCAACCAAACACUCUGUGACCUCGUAAUCGAAUCCGCGCUUGAAGCCGGCAUCGAGAGUCUCCCCGUCACGAUCGCAAGGACGGUUGCCGCUGGAAUAGGAGCCCAAGUUAGAGAGGUAUUAGAUGAAACCACCUCCCAUUCUUCUCCCUCUCAAUGGAUGAGAUCACAAUAUCAAUCUCAAUCGAAAGCCAAGAAUUCAAUCUGGGACGCCAAUGGCCUGACCAAACUCAACUCUCCCAGCAAAAAUCCCGAACCCACCAGCCUAGCACUCAACCUCCCCUCCAAACGGCCCGAAAAAAUCCUCAUCAUCGACCAAAGCCGCUUCUACGCCGCGUUACGCACUUACGAAGUUGAAGAUCGCUCUCUGGCCGCAAGACGUGCAUUAGCGUCAUCUCGCGCAAAUGCAAUGAGGAAUGGCACAGGAUAUGGAGAUGAAGACUGGGAUGGAGAAAGAGGGGUUUUCCUGCAGAAAUACCUCCCGCUUGAUCCGUAUGGGAGUCAGAUUAUAGAUACGAAGUUGUAUCAGCGGGUGUUGGAGCAGGAGGUGGUGUUGAAGGAGGAGAUUAGGUGGGGGGCUGGGGAGGAGAGGUUGAGGGAUGAGGUUGCGAGGGGGAGGUUGUUGAUUAAGGAUGCGUUGGAUAGGGAGGUGCUAGGGUUUUUCGGGAAGAGGGGGGGUGAAGGAGGAGAUGGGGAUAGGGAGGAGGAGAUGGAUAGACAUCAUGAGGAGUGGCCGUUGAAUCUUAAUGGGUGGAGUUCUUCGGGGAGAGAUCUCCAGGUGACACUGAAGUGGGAGGAUGUCGCUGCAGUUGAGGAGCAUUUCGUCGAUAAGUUUGCGGAGGCUGUUCAUAUGUUUCUGGUCACCUUGAGACGAAUCCGCACAUCCAACGACCAAACCACCCACCCCGAAACCAUCCACACAGUAGUCAUCCUCACCGACCACACCGAUGGGCAACUCCUCACUCGCCCCGUCAGACAAGCUCUAGGUCAAGACGUCAAGAUUGUUGGUGGUAGCUCAGCUUCUGUUACUUUGGCUGCUGAGGGAGCGGCGAAGUUGGCGUUGAGGAGGGUGGGUAGUUGGGAGGAGAUGGUGAGGCGGGAGAGGCUGAUGGAGUUUUUGGAGAGUGGUGAAGGGGAAGGGGACGGUGAGGGGAGGUGACGGUGAGGGGAGGUGAUAGGUGGGAGAGCUUACUGGAGGAGAUGUGGGACGAGGAAUGAGCUGGAAGAAUGAGUUGUUCAGAAGU